GUGUCCCAAAAAUAAACGACAGAAAUCCCCCCACUUGUCGCUGGGAAGGGUCUUCUUAGAACACGUCUGAAGUUUGUGGAAGAGUGGGCGGGAUGGGGAGGAUAAAUUACAGCACAGCGGGAGCCGAAGCCACGGACACCGGGCAGGGCGGCACAGAGGACGGAGGAGCAGCCCUCACACAGCCACCAUGGCCACUGCAAGGACAGUCCUGCUGCUCACCCUGCUCCUCACCUUCUCCCUGCACCACGCCACAGCCCACAUCAGACCCAUCGAAUGCUGCUUCGAGUAUGCAAAGAAGCCCGUCCGACACGUGCAGAGCUACUACGAGACCCCCAUAGACUGCCCUAAGCCUGCAGUUGUGAUCGUGGCUGCCAGCGGUGCCAAGAUCUGUGCUGACCCCAACAAGCGCUGGGUGAAGAAAGCCAUGGAAACGCCUCAAAAGGAAAGAUGAACUCCAUCCAUCUGCCAUCCCACUCGCCCAUCCAGCCCUCCUGUCUCUGCUGGGUGCUGAUGGUGCUCACAGCACUUCCCCAAAGGCUGCCGUGGCAGUGGCACCAUCACUGCAGCUGGAGCCAGCCCUGUACCCUGGCAGGAUCAGCUCUCACAGCAUCACAGACCAGCCAACCAACCAACCAAGCUCCUCCUGCUGUCCCUGCCCUGCUGGGCUGUGCCACUGGAGCAAAUAUUUAUA